AAUAUUUUGUUAAAAGUAUUUUUUUUUUACGAUGCAAUGGAUUUAAUGUAUUUUUUUAAACAAUGGGCUAGUUGUAUUCUUUCGGUUUUACUUUUUUUCCUUUUGAUUUAUAUUAGCGAAUGUUUUGGUUUACCAGGAGAGCUAGAAGUUAUAAUUGAUCAUGUUCCUGAUCACUGUGAAGAUUUUGCAAGAUUGGGGGAUACAGUAUAUGUUGAUUACACUGGUUUACUUAAAGAUGGUAGAGUUUUUGAUGCAUCAGUUUUAAAUGGAAGAGGUCCAGCAAGCUUUCAAAUUGGUUCUGGCCACGUUGUGAAAGGCUGGGAAAGAGGUAUGAUUGGAAUGUGUAUUGGGGAGAAAAGAAAAUUAAUAAUACCACCACACUUAGGAUAUGGUAGUCAAGGAUUUGAUGAUGUCAUACCAGGUGAUGCUUCCUUAUUUUACCAUGUUCAUUUAGUCAAUGUGGAGCGAGAUUCAAUUUUUGAUAAGUUUCUGCGUUCCAUGGCAUUUUUUAUAUGGCCGUUAGGUCUCUUCUUAUUAGUCUACUACUGCUACCACAAAAUUGCUAAAGCAUUAACAAAAGAUCGGAUGGCUGUUAGAAGAUUAAAAAGAAAGAGACUUUGAUUUAUUUUAAAUUUAGUUGUUGUCUAAGUUAUACGCCUAAAUCAAUUAGUUAACUUGAUGUUUGAUUGGCGUUAGAUUUUAAAAACGAAUUGUAUUUUGUCAUUAUUGUUUAAAUAUUUCAUUUCGGGUGC